AUGGCUAUCCCUACUAUCGACGCCUCCGUCUCACCUGCCGCUAUUGUCAUUGACGACUCAGCUGCUGCUUCUUGUAUCUCGCAGGCUACCCAACAGCAUCCUUCCAUUCCAGCUCCUGCUGUUCUUCUUCAAUCUUCUCCUGUAAUGAUGCAACAGCAACAAGUUCAAAAUUCAAUCAACCAGCAUCAACAGCAGCAGCAGCAACAACAUCAACAUCAACAACAGAUGGAUGCUGCAAUGUCACCUGGUUCUUAUGAAGAACUCCAAAUUGGCCCUAACGGAGUCCCAAUUACUAUCACAACCACUGUCGGUUCAGGACCAAAUAAGCGUAAAGAAGUCAUGACUCUCCCUCUUCCUCCUGGUGCUUUGCCUCCUCGCAAACGCGCCAAAACUAAGGAUGAAAAGGAACAGCGUCGCAUUGAGCGCAUCAUGCGUAAUCGUCAGGCUGCUCAUGCUUCUCGUGAAAAGAAGCGCCGUCAUGUUGAGGAACUUGAAAAGAAGUGUGUUUCGCUUACUUCAGAAAAUGAAAAGUUGCAUUCUGGGUUUACUGAAAUGCAAUCCCAGCGUUCUCUUCUCUUUGAACAAUUCAAGCGUUUGGCCACCAUGGUCGAAGCUGCUAAAUCUUCUGGUGAUCUCUCUUCAAUCAAUGCUCAAACAUUUCUUGACGAGUCUCUCUCUCUUAUGAAGCCCAUUGAAGUCCCUGUACCUUCUCCAAUGGACUUUGAUCUUUCUUCCUCUGGAAAUAGCCCUGCUCCUCAGCUCCCUCAAUCUCCAGCUCCUGUCACUGAAUCUGCCACUUCAACUAUCAGAGAUGAUCUUUCACUUGCUGCUUCUCCUAAAUCCUCUGGCGCCAGUAGCGCCUAUCCGGCCUCGCUGGCGUCGCCGGGUUCUUCUUCCUCUACCUCUUCUCAACCGCCUUCUUCUGCUUCUGUCGCCUCAAACACCGGCGUCGCCACUACCACUACUACUACUACAACUACACCCACAACCAAUACUUCUAUUACUACUUCUACUACUAAUACCGCCGCCGCCACCACCACCACCACAGCGGCAUCAAUCAGCCCGGCAGCUGCUGCCUUUGGCACGUCACCCACCGCGCAAACCGUAUCAGCCAAUGGGGCUUCUAAACUUACUUCCCAAGAUGCGGCGCUUGCAGCUCUGCCACCCACCACUUCUCCGGUUAAGCCCGCCACAAUCUCGGCUGCUAAUACCUCAACCACCACCACCGCAACCAUUCCUACAACACAGGCUCUAAAUGGCGCCACUAGAAAUACACCCACAACAAAGAUUACAAAAAAGUCAACAGGUUCAACCACAAAAAAGACUUGCCCUCCUAUAAUUAAGGCUGAGCCUAUGGAGCCCGUCAUUAAGGUUGAACCUAUUGCUGACGUACCUACUGCCACAGCCACUGCAACUGCAACAGCCACAACAACAACCAAUGAAGUUGUUGCUGCCUCUACUGCUGCUGCUGCUGCUGCCGCUGCUGCUAACCCUGACAUGACUGUCAUCCCUUCAUCUACUACUCUCGCCUCAAUCUCCAACGAGGACUUUAAUAGCCUUUCUCCUGGCCUGGAGUCAGAGUCUGGCAGUCCUGUCUCUACCCCUAGCUUGAGCUCAAGCUCAUCUGCUGCAAGCUCUCCUCGGUCAUAUCCCCUCGACAUUAUGUUUAAGACUGAACCUGAUUCGGCUACAGAAAGAAAUGGACCUGCAGCGUCGGUUCCAGAGCCAAUUAAGGAUUUAUCUGCUCGCCAUCAUUCAGUGGUCUUUAACAAUCUUGCAACAAUGGAUAAUGAUACCACCAUUGUGUCGAACCCUUCGACCCUUGUGGACUUUGAAUUGGACUAUUCGUGGUUCAGUGAAAAGAGCCUCCACUCUUCUGCAACAGACUUUAUUAUUGCUUCCGGCCAAGACGACGAUUUGGGUGGGUUUGAUCAUUUGAUUGAGUAUCCCCAGAUUGGAGGCUUGUGA